AUGCGGAUUCGCACCUUCAGCCUGUCGUUGUUGUCUCUGCUACAGCAACUCAUCGUUGCUUUACCACCUCCCGGCCUGGCAACAACCACUUUGGAGACCCAAGAUCAGUACGCAAACAACAGCUCUCCAAGAUGCCGCUGUUUCCCCGGCGAUGCGUGCUGGCCAUCUUUAGAAGAAUGGACCAGCUUGAACAAGACUCUCAGCGGCAGACUCAUCGCCACCAUCCCCAUUGCGAGCGUGUGUCACCAAGACUCGUUCGCACCGUACGAUUCAGAAGCGUGUGCUCGGCUCCAGUCUGUUUGGCAAUACCCGGAAACCCACUACGAGAGCUCAUCAUCACCAAUGGCUCCCUUCUUCGCCAACAUGAGCUGUGACCCUUUUACCCCAACGGCCGCUCAGUGCGUCGUGGGAGCUUAUGUCCAGUAUGCUGUAAACGUGUCAUCCAUCGACGAUAUUCAAACAGCUCUAACGUUUGUGCGAACGCACAACAUCCGCCUUGUGGUCCGCAACACAGGUCACGACUAUUUCGGCAAGUCAACCGGCGCCGGUGCCCUCGCUCUCUGGACCCAUAAUCUGAAAGAUAUCAGUUUCUACCAUCACCAUUCUCCGUUUUACACGGGCAAAGCAAUGAAGAUUGGCGCUGGUGUGAUGAACUUUGAAGCACAAGAAGCAGCCCACGAGCAACGCCUGGUCAUUGUUGGCGGUGAUUGCCAAUCUGUCGGUCUUGCUGGUGGAUAUACCCAAGGAGGCGGACACGGCCCACUUGCGUCGAAACUCGGCCUGGGAGCAGAUCAGGUGCUCGAAUGGGAAGUCGUAACUACAAGAGGGCACUACUUGAAGGCGACGCCAACUCAGAACAGGGAUUUGUAUUGGGCGCUCUCGGGGGGUGGGGGUGGCACUUACGGUAUUGUGUAUUCUCUCACGGUGAGGGCAUACCCGGACUUUCAGACGGCUACCGCAAACCUCACUUUCUCCAGCGACAUAUCGGAGCCGCCGGAGCCAUUCUUUGCGGCUGUAGAGACGUUUCUGGCCAGUCUACCUGCCAUCACUGAUGCCGGUGCCGUCUGCAUUUGGGUACUGACCAACACCUCCUUUACGUUAUCGCCUGUGGCAGCACCGGGCAUGACCUCUCAGCAACUACAGUCACUGUUACAGCUCACUCUAGACCGGCUGAACGACCUCAAAAUAUCAUAUGGCAAGUUUGACAUAAAUCUCUGCCCCCCUUACUUGGCGGUUGCAGACUCGACCAACUAUCUUGAGAGCUACAACUUGCACCCAAAGUAUAAUAUCACAGAGGCUUCCAUAGGCGGUCGACUUAUUCCACGCUCCAUAGUGGAAUCGGAUGAUUCUACAGCUCGCUUGAUGAGUGCUAUCCGGUUUAUAACCGCAAACGACGGGCUUGUUUCCGGAGUAUCCAUCAACGUCACAACGGAGCCACCGGUGCCAAACUCGGUGAAUCCAGCAUGGCGCACCGCGUUGUUCAGUGCGGUAAUCGCCAUACUCUAUGAUCCUCUCGACUUGCAAGCCAAUGUCGAGGCCCAGGAGAGAAUCACAACGACCUUUAUGCCAAAGCUGGCCGAGUUGACGCCCGACGGAGCCGCAUAUCUGAACGAAGGAGACUUCCGUGAGCCCGACUUCCAGCAGGUGUUUUACGGCGUCAACUAUUUGCGUCUUCUCGAGAUCAAACACAAGUACGACCCCGAGGAUAUCCUCUAUGGUCUGACUGCGGUCGGCAGUGAGGCAUGGAUGACAGAGCCGAAAGGGAGGUUGUGUAGGGUGCCCCGGGGACCGGGGCAGGGUCCACGAGCACAUCCGACAACGUGCAAGAACUACAGACUCAGAGGCUCGGUCCUGACGUCCUCUGAUGUUGGCUAUGAUGUCCGCGAGGCAGCGUACUGGUCCAGAUCAGCAAGUCUGAAACCGACUUGUAUAGUGCGUCCCAAGAACACCGAAGAGGUUUCCAGGGCCCUGGAAGCCGUAGUACAGGCCAAUCAGAAAUUUGCAGUCCGCAGCGGCGGCCACGCUCCUUCAGUCGGCGUCAGCAAUAUCAGUGAGGGCAUAACGAUCGAUCUCGGGCUGCUCGAUCAAAUCGUCUACGACGAGACUUCCGAGACGGUCACAAUCGGCCCCGGACAGAAGUGGAAGCAAGUGUACAAGGGACUGCAGAAGUGGAACCGAACAGUCGCGGGGUCGAGGGAUGGCAACGUCGGUGUUGGCGGUUUCCUGCUCGGGGGAGGCUACUCGUGGAUCACGGCUCGCAAGGGUUGGGGCUGCGACAACGUUCUCGCCUACCAAGUUGUCCUCGCCGAUGGCCGAGUCGUUACGAGUUCGGGCCGUGAGGAUCAGCAUCCGGAUCUGUUCCGAGCUCUCAAAGGUGGAGGGAGCAACUUCGGCAUCGUCACGAGCUUCACAAUGAGCACCAUACCGUGCAGACACGUCUGGGGCGGAAAGGCGAUUGCUCCGAAGGAUGCCAUUCCGGAUGUGAUACGCAUAGCGUCGAGGUUUCCGGACACGGUCGCAGAGUUCCCCAACAGCAACCUUGUCAUUGUCGUCACGUAUGUGCCGGAGCGGGACGAGAUUGUCGCGUCGGGGGCCUUGGUCAAGCUGGAGAGCCCCGAGAUGAAGUUCGAUCACGGCCUUGACGAAUGGAUGGCCCUGCCCAAGGUUUUAGAUACCACGCGGACGACUACCAUCUACGAUCUUACGUUCGAGAUCAUGUUGCCUCACGGAUAUCACAACGUCUGGUUCACCGCCACUUUCAAGAACGACGAGCGAAUUCUCACCAAAGCCGUAGAGGCCCACAACACCAUGGUGGAAGAACUACGCACGCUAAUUCCAGACAGAGACUUCCGAACACAGUGCAUCCUUCAACCCGUGCCCAAGCUCAUCUCCGACCACUCAGCCGCAGCCGGCGGCAACAUCAUGGGCGUGGAGCGCCACGCCAGCAACGGCGUUCUCUUCCUGCUGUCAGCCAUGAUGAAGACGGCGGGGCAGCAGGCGCUUGUACAUCCCAAGGUCAAGGCCGCGGUAGAGGGUGUCAAGGAGUACGCAGCGGCGACGGUCGAGGGCGGGAACUUGCCGUGGAUAUACAUGAAUUACGCAGAUAUGUCCCAAGACGUGUUUCAGAGCUACGGGGCCGGAAACCUGGACAGGAUCAGGAAGGUUGCGGAAAAGUACGACCCAGAGCGGGUAUUCCAGGAACUCUGUCCUGGCGGGUGGAAAAUUCCAAAGAGAAGCCCAUAA